AAAUUUCUCAGACCGUUUCUUUCUCUCUCUCUAAAAGCCUCGCCUUUCUCUCAUUUUCCUCUUUCUGGGUUUGAAUUUGGGGUUGUAGGUCUUAAGAUCAGACUUGGGGUUCUUAAGAUCUGCAAUGUGCAGUGGUCUGAUUGGGGUUUAUUCAUCGAUUUUGGGGUUGUUACGAUUCGAUUGUUACUGUGCACAUCUUAAAACGCUAGGAGAAGCUUUACUUACAGUCUACGGGGGCUGAUAAUGAUCCGGGGACCAUAUUCUCACGAAAGUUAUCAGCGCGUGGGAAUCGGGACACGCAUUUUUUUCUGCCAAUUUAAAAGCAAUGGAAAGCGAUAGAAAUCCGGGGGACGGGGGAGCUGAGGUUCAUGUUGCAGCUCCAUUAGAAGGGGGUAAUCAGAAUGGGUUACAAAGAACACGAACUUCACAUGGGAGGACAAGCGGCCCUACAAGACGCUCUACGAAAGGUCAAUGGACGGCUGAAGAGGAUACAAUUCUAUGCAGAGCUGUUCAGCGUUUUAAGGGGCGCAAUUGGAAAAAAAUUGCUGAAUGUUUUAAGGAUCGAACAGAUGUGCAGUGCCUACAUCGGUGGCAGAAGGUUUUGAAUCCAGAGCUUGUUAAAGGUCCAUGGUCGAAAGAGGAGGAUGAGGUAAUAGUUGAGUUGGUUAAAAAACAUGGGGCAAAGAAAUGGUCCACUAUUGCACAAGCUUUGCCUGGUCGCAUAGGAAAGCAGUGUCGGGAAAGGUGGCAUAAUCAUCUCAAUCCAAAUAUUAACAAAGAGGCAUGGACUCAGGAGGAGGAGGUGGCCUUGAUUCACGCUCAUCAAAUUUAUGGGAACAAAUGGGCCGAGUUAACAAAGUUCUUACCGGGAAGGACAGAUAAUAUGAUAAAAAAUCAUUGGAACAGUUCUGUGAAAAAGAAAUUAGAUUCUUACUUGGCAUCAGGUCUUCUAGCUCAGUUUCAGGGUCUGCCUCAUGUGGGCAACCUAAACCAGUAUCCCCCUUCUUCUUCGAGAGCACAAAAUAGUGGUAGAGAUGAUAGUUGUCUGAAAGAUGGGUCGGAAAUGGAAGAGGUAUCAGAAUGUAGUCAACCUUCAACUGCUCAUGCGUGCUCCCAAACUGACAAUAACAUGGAUAAUAGCUAUAUUCCAGUACAUUCACAGGAUGACUUUAGAUUGACUGAAGAGUUUGGUCACAUAGAAUCACAAACUUCAAAUCCGUCAUGUUCCCAGCAGUAUUAUACCACUUUAGAAGAAGUUGCUUGUGCUGGCCGAGAAAUACCUUGUGGUCAGGCUACAUCUGUUAAGUCCCCUGCGCAUAAUUUUAUGUGUCACUCUGGGAAUUCUGAUUAUUUUCUACAGGAGCCCUCUGCUUUUUUUGAACCAUCUAGACCUUGUACAACGGGGGCUAAAGAAGACCUUGAAACAGGAUCGUUGAUGUCUGGAGGAAGUUCUAUGGAGCAUAAUGUGGUUAGGGCUGAUAACCAGGAGCAGGCCUCUAUGUCUCAAACUGACCGUUCUGGUGUUUUCAACUCAGAAGAAGGGACAAAUGGAUGUUUUUCUUCGGUAAAUGGACACUCCAAUGCAAUGAUUUGCCGAUCUGAUAGUCAAAGCUCUGAAACUGGUAGAAGUUUAGCUCCACAACCGUAUUAUCCGCUAAGCUCCUCUGACAUGUUAUCAACAUACUGCGGUGAACCUUUAAUGAAUUACUCAAGUCUGCUUUGCGCUGGUGAAGGAACGGUCAGUUUUGGUAACAAAUGUAGUGGAAUGAGAGACAUGCCAAGUGGAAUUCAGGACCCUGAGGCCUUUACGAGCUCCUGUGAUGGGUUCAUCUAUCCUGAGGCUGGUUGUAGUAACUCUCCCUGCGAUGAUGAUAUAGAGAAAGAUUGCCUGCCUUCGAACCCCAACUGGGUUAAAGAUGCAUCAAAACCAGUUCCUGUUGAUAUAUUUGCUUCAUUGAACCUAGACGGUGUCGAAACCCAUACAAGUGUGGAUAAAGGCAGAAAAAAUGAUGUUGAAGAUCCGGACCAGGGGACUUUAUUCUACGAACCACCUCGUUUUCCAAGCCUGGAUCUUCCAUUUCUUAGCUGUGAUCUGAUACAAUCUGGGGGCGACUUACAACAAGCGUACAGCCCCCUUGGCAUCCGCCAACUUACAAUGUCGUCCAUGAACUGCUACUCUCCGUACAGACUAUUCGAUUCACCAUCUCGAGAUGAUAGUCCUGAUGGAGUUUUGAAGAGUGCUGCAAAAAGCUUUCAAGGCACACCUUCCAUUCUGAAGAAACGACCGCGAGAAUUCUUUUCACCUUUACAGGAUAGAAAAUGUGGGAAAAAACAUGAUGGGAAAAUAAUGAACAGCAGUGAAUCUCCUGGUCUAGAUGUUGUUUUUGAUGAAAAUGUAGUGGGCAACAUUACGUUAUCUGCUAUCAAGAGUGUUCUCUUUUCUCCACCAAAUAACCAUAGAUAUCAUCUGGGCGUCUCCACUUCUGACAAAGAAAAUGUGGAUCAUGGUGGGAUCUCUUCUUCAGAUGGUAGGAUUUUGGAGAAUGUGUCUGAAACCGGGCCUAGAAGAAAUCAAGAGGCUGAUGACGGACUUGUUGCUUCAGAUACAAUGGAUCUUGGUGACACCACCGAAAUGGUGCAACAGCCCAGCAGAGUCCUUGUUGAGCAUAACAUAAAUGAUCGUGUUUUCUUUUCCCCUGACCGAGAAAGAUAUCCUACAAAUAGAGUUUUCAAUGCUCAGAGUCCAAAAGAUCAACAUUCCAGAAGCUUGGAGACAUCAUCAGCUCAGAAUGCUCAAAGUGGUCGUUCAGAGCAUUGCUCUGUAAAUGUAUUUGUUUCUCCUACUUCAGAGAGGAGGAAUGGAAGGCGUUUAGUUCCAGCAACGUCGGCACAAUGUUUUCCGUUAUCGCUUCCGCUUGAAGUUGCAAGUAAGAAUGCUGGGAUUGACGGUGACACAGAGAAUAUCAGCUUGUUUGGUGGCACACCUUCUAUCAAGAAAGGGUUUGAAUCUCCUUCGGCAUGGAAGUCCCCUUGGUUCAUGAACUCCUUCUUGCCUGGUCCAAGAGUUGAUACAGACAUAACAAUUGAGGACAUAGGGUAUUUCAUGAGCCCUGGAGAGAGAAGCUAUGAUGCACUUGGGUUAAUGCAACAGUUGCGCGAGCAAACUGCAGCAGUAGUUGCAGAAGCCCAUGAAGUUUUAGCAAGUGGUCAAAAAGAUCCGCCUGAUGGAAAACUUUGUGAUCAGGAGGAUUCAGGCAACGAGCUCUUGACGGAGCGGCGUGUUCUUGAUUUCAGUGAAUGUGGCACACCUGGGAAGGGAACAGAGAACAGGAGGUCUGCAGGUGCGACUUCAGUAAGCUUCUCAAGUCCUUCUUCUUAUUUGAUGAAAGGUUGCAGGUAGUAAUAGUUAGUAGUCAUGUCAGCCAAAUGGCUAUGUGCCAUUUUCUUAUGUUACGAAAUAUAUAUACAUACAUGUUGUUUGCCUUUUUAAGCAUUUUGUUCUCCAUUUUUUCCUCUUUCUUUUGUGAAAGUUCUUGUAACUUAUCUGAUUUAAUCAGUUAAGAGUUGUAGAGUCAAGCUUAAUCAUGAAGUCCUUGUAAGUGAGUCCCUGAAUAGCGACGAUUGUACUGAUAUUCAUUUUUCUUCAACAACAAUGUGUAAAAAUUGUUUUCUUA